AAGUCUAUAAACAGCAUAAAUUAGCUGUUUGGGGUAAGAAAUACACAAGAAAAGAAAAAGCUAAGAGUCCCAAUACCUUUGGUUUCAAAUCCAUGACGAGAAAGAAAGUGAAGCUUGCUUAUAUUACCAAUGACUCAGCAAGGAAAGCUACCUUCAAGAAAAGAAAGAAGGGUUUAAUGAAGAAAGUGAGUGAACUCAGUACCCUGUGUGGGAUCGACGCCUGUGCUAUUAUGUACAGCCCUUAUGAGUCUCAACCCGAGAUUUGGCCAUCCCCCAUGGGAGUUCAACGAGUGCUCUCCAAGUUCAGGAAGAUCCCCGAGAUGGAACAAAGCAAGAAGAUGGUGAACCAAGAGACUUUCCUUACCCAAAGGAUCACCAAAGCCAGUGAGCAGCUCAAGAAACAGUGCAAGGACAACCGGGAGAAGGAGAUGACCCAUGUCAUGUUCCAGAACCUGAUUGGAAAAGCCAGCCUCCACGGGUUAAACCUGAUGGAUUUGAACGAUGUCGGGUGGUUGAUCGAUCAGAACCUCAAGGAAAUCGACAAGAGGGUCGAUUUACUUAGUAAGGCGUCUCAUAAUCCCCAAGGGUCUUCGUCUUCCGUGGCUACAACACCAUCGGUGAUGACAACGGUAAUGCCUGAAGUAACGCCGGAGAAUGUGCAAGCGGAGGCGGACAACAACAUGGAUUCGAUGCAGAGGCAACAUUGGAUCAUGGAGCUCAUGAACAAUAAUAAUCCGAAAAGUCAUCUGGGAUUUGGGGGUGAUGAAAUGAUGUUCCCAUUUGGGGAUAACAUUAACAUCAACAACAAUGCCCUUUGGUCCAAUGCCUUUUUCCCAUGGGAAAAAUAGGGUUCCAUUGCAUUAUUUGUUUGCAUCUAUCAAGGCAAAGUCUAAGGUAUUUUAUGAUUUUAUG